ACAUCCCAGUUUACGUCUAGUUGGCAUAACUCAUUUCCGCAUUCCCAAAUCCUCCCAGAUAGGGAUCACUAUUUAAACGGGCUGAUGCAACGGUUUCCACUUUUUAAAAUCUAUUCUCGACCUUCAGCUGACCAGAAGAAAGGACAACUGUUGCACUCGGGAUCAAAGUCAGCUGUGGUCACGGCCGGGUCUUAUAUGAUGCCGGGACCAAUCUCAGAUCCUCUGGUGACAGCCGGCUCAUUUCCCAGCCUGGGUCCCUUGGCAGGGAUCCCCUCCACUACACUGACUGACCAGCUCAAAUACGCCAACCUCCGGGAACUGGGGGCCAUGCUCUCUCCACUGCACUUCCUGGGCAAGCUAGGGAAGAGGCCCCUAACCAUCAAAACAGAGAGAGAUGAGGAAGAAGACAGGAGGAAACGAAGGAGAGAGAAAAACAAAGUAGCAGCAGCACGCUGUAGAAACAAAAAGAAGGAGAGGACAGACUAUCUACAAAGGGAAUCGGAGAGACUAGAGGUGAUGAACUCUGACCUCAAAGCUCAGAUCGAGGAGCUGAAGCAUGAGCGGCAGCAGCUGAUCAUCAUGUUGAAUCGCCACCGCCCAACGUGCAUCGUCAGGACGGACAGCGUCAAGACCCCUGAGAGCGAAGCCAAUCCCCUGCUGGAGCACCUGGAGGGCAAGUGAUGUCUCAGGACUCAGAGCAGAAGAGCAGCGUGUUGUUACAGUUUACAGUGAAGCCCCACUCCGGCCAACUAGCAGCACUUCAGUACCUCUGGGUUCUUGGCUUAGAGGAAAACCAGCUAAGCACACCUGCCUGGAGCCAGAGAGCCUUUUAAACACAAAGGUGACCCAAUGUGAUUGGACUUCGUGCUGGCAGUUAAACACAUUUAUUUCUAUGUUUUUUUUGUUUUGUUAUUUCCAUUCAGGGCCCCAUAGCCUCAGCCACUAUCACUAUAAAUAAAUAAAUAGAAUAAAUGGCUAAAUGCAGCUUGGUGAGAAAUACUCCACCACUCCUAGGCAACGUGACAGAUCUCUCAGGCCCCUAGGCACAGUCAGAGCUUGUGCUAUGUUUUGUUUUUACUUAUGCGUACUAGUUAUGAACUAGUAUGGUUUUUGAAUAUAAUUUUUUAUUUGUAUUACGAUAUGUCCUGAUGGCAGACCGGUUGAACCGUUUUCUUUUGUCUUUUAUUUUGGCGCAGGCGUCAUAUGCACAUAGCCUAUAUAUGGACUGUUUACAUUGUAGUUGGUCUGCUAUUGCUACUUCCAAAUAUGGUUCUGAUUUUUAUACUUACUGUACAUUAUAUCAUAUAGACAUAUAUAAGCUAUCACAAAAGGUGAUACAUUUUGUAUUUCUGUUAAAAAUAAAUACUUUUGUUAUGGUUUAGAAC